UCCCUCUGGCCUUGGAAGCCCAGCCCCUCCCACAGUAAGUGGGAGGCUGGCUUUGGCCAAGUCCCUUCCCUUCUUGGGGCUCAGCAUUCUCACCUGCAAAAUGGGGGUGCUGAUAGCACCUUGCACUCCUGCCUGCGAGAUGGCAGAGGCCUGGGGCGGUGUCAGUGCUCAGGGAUCAUAGCUGUCAUCAUUAUAAAUGAUGAGAGGCCAAAAGAAGGGACGAGAGAGGGGGAAAAAAAUAACCCAGAGAUGCUUUGAAGGUUUCAUGUCCCCUGGUCCUCCUCUGCCAUGAUCCUGGAUUCCCGAAUCUGACAGGUAGGUAGGGAGCCAUCUUGCCCAAGGGGCCAAACUCCAAAACAGGUGAGGUUCCCACUAACCCGGCAUCCGGGAAGCAAGGCUGUGCCUUCUCCAGGGAGGCAGGCCUGGCUGGACUCCCGGGUCUGAGGGAGGUGGGGGCUGGGGCCUGGACUCCAGGGACCUUUGGGAAGGAGGGGGCUGGGGGCCUGAACUCCUGGGUCCCUGGUGAGGCAGAGGCCGAGGGAUUGAUUCCUGGGUUCCUUGGGGAGGAGGGGGCCGGGGGCCCGGAUCCCUGGGUCCUGGCACCCACCCGUAGAACCGACCUUGCGAGGCCUUCGCCGCACACAAGCUCGUGUCUGUGGGUCCGUGUCGGGGGCUCACCAUCGCGGCUGGGGCCUCCCCGGCCCUCCUGGUCCCCCGUCUGUCCGUCCAUCCGUCUGUCUGUCCACCUGCCGCGCCCCCCGGGCUGAGGUAGGAGGUUGUAUAGUUGAGGAGGACACCCACGGAGAUCACUAUACGGCCUCCUAGCUUUCCCCAGGCUGCGCCCUGCACGGGACGGCCCGGCGGGGACCCCUGGGGCCCUGACUGCUGCCCCAUCCCGCCGGGCUCAGGGGGCUGCUGCAGGGACCCUGGGAGGAGGAGCUGGGCUGUCUCUCCUGUCCCUGCAUUCCCUCCUCUCCCUUCCCACAGAGAGUUUCUCUCCCAUCAAGAAGCCUCUGUUUUGCUUUCUCUGUGUGUCCAUCUCCGCGGUGUCUCUGGAGUCUUCUGUGUGCCCCUGCAUGGUGGCUUCUUGGACGCUCUCUCCAUCUCUCUUUGAUUGUGCUUUCUGGGUCUCUGACCCUCCUGAUAUCUCUCUGCAUCUCAGUCUCCGUCUCUCAGGCCCUCACGGUGUCUCUGUGCCAUCUCCACCGCUGACGCACCCCCUGCCCCACCCCACCACACACGACACUGCCGGUCUCUGGGUCCCUGAGACCCUUUAACCUGUGAGGACGUCCAGGGUCACAGGUGAGGUUCUUGGGAGCCUGGCGUCUGGCCCAACCACAAGCCUGGGGACUGCCAGUCUGACCCCUGACCCCUGACCCCUCACACCCUUCCUCCCUAAAAAUCCUGGAGCCUGACAUUUGACCAGCAACUGAAACCCGACCUCUGACCCCACACCAGGGCCCCUCCCCCACCCCAUGGUGACCUCACAAAGGUCAUCAGCUUCUCCCAGGGCCGGGACCUAGACACUCCGCCAUGGCCCUGCUGGCCCCAGCGAGUGCUGUCCCUUCCACUGUGGUGGCCCUUGCGUUCCUCAGGGCGCCUGCCUGGGCCUGUCUCCUCUGUUUCACAUCCUACAAUGAGCGGCUCCGCAUCUGCCAGAUCUUUGCAGGCGUGGAGAGCCCGGAGCUUGAGAAGUGCGAGGAGGCGUUCACGGCCGCCUUUAAGGGCCUCCUGGACACUGAAAUCAACUACGAUGAGAGAAACCACCUGCAUGACGCCUUCACCCAGAUGACCCACUCCCUCCAGGAGACGGCCACCGCGCAGGGGUCCUUUGAGGUUGCCUUCCCUGAUGCCGCGGAGAAAAUACAGAAGGUCAUUCUACAGCUUAAAGAAGUCCAGGCCUGCAUCCCUCCCUGCGGACUCCAGGAGGUCGCCCGGCGCUUCCGCUGCCGCGGGUGCUACUCCGCCGUCUGCGACCUCCCGCUGGACUGCCCAGUUCAGGACGUGACGGUGACCCGGGGUCAGCAGGCCAUGUUCUCUUGCACCGUGAACUUCCAGCUGCCGAAGGAGGAGAUCACCUAUUCCUGGAAGUUCGCAGGAGGAGGUGUCCGGACUCAGGACCUGACCUACUUCCGAGACAUACCGCGGGCCCGAGGAUACCUGGCGCGGAUCCGGCCGGUGCAGCCCACGCACCGCGGGACUUUCUCUUGCGUGAUCACGCACGACCAGCGCCUCCUGGCGCGGCUCUACUUCUUCCUCAAUGUGACGGGCCCGCCCCCGCGCCGGGAGACCGAGCUCCAGGUCAACUUUCGGGAGGUUCUACGCUGGGCUCCGCGGGAAGCAGAGAUGAUCGAACCCUGGACGCCGAGCCUGGGCGAGCUGCUGGCCAGGCCCGGGACUCUAACGCCGAGCAACCAGUGCCUGCUAGCGGCCGUCGCGGCCUUAGCAUCGGCGACUGUGACUGUGUUGGCGUGGAUGUUCUUUCGAUGGUACUUCAGUGGCAACUAACAAAGGUAUCUUUUUCUUUCUUGGCUUAUUUGCAUCCAUAAAAUAAAGAAUAUAUUUCAGCUCUA